UUAUUAACUAACUAAAAUCUCUGACCUUUCUUGUAGAUGGAGACCGUGAUCGUUUCCAUAUUGAAGGAUUAAUGGAGAGUCCUGCUGCAGACGAUGAAGGGGAUUGCUUCUCACCUUUACUACUAAAUGCUACUUCUGUGAACAUUGAGGUCUACUAUAACAAAGCAGUGAACUAUACCUUGAUGGUCACCUUUGUCUCAUUCCUUCAGGUUCUUUUGCUGAUUCGGCAAAUGGAACAUAGUAACACUCAAUCAGGGGCUGCCAAAGUUUCAAUUUUAAUGAUCGGGCAGCAAGCCAUCAUGGAUGCUUAUCUUUGCCUUCUACACCUAACUGCAGGAAUACUAGUUGAAUCCUUGUUUAAUGCUUUUGCAACUGCUGCAUUUUUCAAGUUUGUAAUCUUCUCAAUUUUUGAGAUGAGAUAUCUUCUUGCUAUAUGGAAGGCAAGCAGGCAUAUGAAUAGUGGUGAAGGUUGGGCGACAAUGAGGCGUGAACUAUCAGUUCUAUAUAGUCAUUUCUAUGGGAUCCUUUUGGGAGGCAUUCUAGUUAUGUACGAGUUCCAUAAUUAUCUUCGAUCCAUUCUUUUCUUAAUGUACUCUUUUUGGAUACCUCAAAUAUUCACCAAUGUCAUUCGUGACUCGAGAAAACCUUUGCAUCCCCAUUACAUCUUAGGCAUGACUGUUACUCGUCUAGCAAUCCCAUUGUAUAUAUUUGGAUGCCCUAACAACUUUAUGAGGACUGAGCCUGACAAGACAUGGUGUUUAUAUUUGGGUGUAUUCAUUGGACUGCAAGCGUCAAUUCUUCUUCUUCAGCACUAUCUUGGGUCUCGAUGGUUCAUUCCUCGCCAGAUCCUACCUGAGAAAUAUUUCUACUAUAGAAGGUUUGAUCAGGAAUCAAAUCACGCUACAGACUGUGUCAUUUGCAUGACUGCAAUUGACCUCACGCGGCAUUCUAAUGAUUGCAUGGUAACUCCAUGUGAUCACUUCUUUCAUUCCGGUUGUCUACAAAGGUGGAUGGAUAUCAAGAUGGAAUGCCCAACUUGCCGGCGUCCACUACCACCAGCAUAGGGAGAUUAGUACACUUGUUUAUAUUACUUAAGGGGUUGAUUGACAAUGCCCAACUUGUUAAUUCUGGUUGGGAGAAACCCAUAUUUUGCAUGGGUACAGCUUCAGAAGAUACCUGAUAUAGAGGCAAAAGCAAUGUCGAACUUUAACUGAUGCUACUCACUUUGUAUUUGACACAACUUGUAUUAACUGUAUAAUGUAUUAUUACUUGAAAGCUUUGCUAAUGCAAAUUAUUUUCAAUUUUAU